CCACACAGUAAUAAUAAUCUCCAAACAUUAUUCCUUAUUAUUUCAUCGGCGUGUUAAAUAACUCCUGGUCAGCUUUGAGAAAUUUGGAACAACUUUUUUUUGGAAGCCGGGACGAAGAGGCAGUGAUCAAGUGCGCAUGUCCAUGGAGACCGGCGUGGUUCACAUCCAACGAGAGGGAGGGUCCGGGGACCGGUGUCCCUGGCACGGGGAUGGGGAGGCGCCGUCGGCCGGUUGCACCUGGCCGACCCCCACCGCCUCCUCUUCGGCCUUGGACGCCCUCAACGGGACGUGGGAGGCCGAGUCCGACGACGCCGAGCCCAUGUCGCCUAUCAUCCCGGUGAUCGUGGCCGUGUACUCGCUGGUGUUUGUGGUGGGCCUGGUGGGCAACUGCCUGGUCAUGUACGUCAUCAUCAGGUACACGAAGAUGAAGACAGCCACCAACAUCUACAUCCUGAACCUGGCAGUGGCGGACGCGCUGGUGACCAGCACCAUGCCCUUCCAGAGCACCGACUACCUGCUCAGCUCGUGGCCCUUCGGCGAGGUGGCAUGCAAGGUGUUCAUCUCCAUCGACUACUACAACAUGUUCACCAGCAUCUUCACGCUCACCAUGAUGAGCGUGGACCGCUACGUGGCCGUGUGCCACCCCGUCAAGGCGCUGGACUUCCGCACGCCCGUCAAGGCCAAGGUCAUCAACGUGCUAAUCUGGGCGUUGUCGUCCGCCGCCGGCGUGCCCGCCAUGAUCCUGGGCAGCACCAAGACCAACAAUGGGACAACAGAAUGUGCUCUCCAGUUCCCAGAGCCGUACAGCUACUGGGACACACUGAUGAAGAUCUGCGUGUUCAUCUUCGCCUUCGUAGUUCCCGUCAUCAUCAUCAGCGUGUGCUACACGCUGAUGAUCCUGCGCCUCAAGAACGUCCGCCUGCUGUCCGGCUCUCGCGAGAAGGACCGCAACCUGCGGCGCAUCGCCCGUCUAGUCCUGGUGGUGGUGGCCGUCUUUGUGGUGUGCUGGACUCCCAUCCACAUCUUUAUUCUGGUCAAGGCCCUGUCGCCCCACGUACCCGAGACCACCCCCGUCAUGGCCGCUUACUUCUUCUGCGUGGCGCUGGGCUAUACCAACAGCAGCCUCAACCCCAUCCUCUACGCGUUCCUGGACGAGAACUUCAAGAGGUGCUUCCGGGAUUUCUGCUGCCCCGGCGUCAGGAGGGACUGCCACGGCGUGAGCCGAGUCAGGAGCACCCUGAGGGACCACUCGUGUCCCCCGGCCAACCGCGGGGACCCUAGGCAGGCCAGACCCGUAUGACUAGCCAUGGACGCGUCCUCCGUGCCGGAACCGGAGGACUCCAACGACUUGUGCUUGACACAAGUCACCACCGCUGUCUGAACUUCACAGUGGGGGUCCGCAACCUAUGAAGUCAAUAUGGGGGUCCACAAACUGUGAUGUCCACCACGGUGGUCCACAAACCGUGAUAGCAACCAUGGAUGUCUGCCCACUUGUGUGAAGUCACCAUUUUGGUCCGCUUGUGGCGUUGCCACAAUGGUCCGCCAAUUGCGGUGUCACCACGCUGGUCCGCAAGCUGCGAUAUGGUGGUCCACUUGUGAUGACAUCAUGGUGGUAAUGUCACCAGGGUGGUCCGCAACCUGUGAUAUCAACCAUCGUGGUGAUGUCACCAUAGUGACGGAGUAGUCUGCAAUGGUGGUCCGCAACUUGGGAUGUCUCCAUGGCGAUCUGCUUGUGAUGUCACAAUAGUGGCGAUGUCACCACGGUGGUCCGCAAAUUGUGAUAUCAACUAUGUUGGUCCUCUUGUGAUGUCACCGUGGUGGUCUGCUUGUGACAUAGACGCACAUUUCAAGUUGUGAUUUUAUCACACUUUGUCAAUUAGUGGCCGCACUUCGUCACCUGGUUCAUCAUCCAAUUGAGCAAAUUAAGACGCACUUAAAAAAAAAAAAAAAAAAAAAAAAAAAAAAAAAAAAGCAUAAUGUGAUGGCUGUAAUUAGCUUUACAAUGGCACCUGAUAGCACCAUGUGUCGCACUUGAAAUCCUUCCUGCAACUCACCGCGUGCAGAGCAGACAUGGCAUCUGUAAAGCUGACAUUUACAGUAGAUUGUGGUAUCAAGUAUUUGUGUGUGUGUAUGUAAAUAUAAAAGCCUCCUCUCUAGUAAAUGUCUUGCCUGGUACACCACUUGAGGAAAUACAUUCUAAUAUAUUUUUUCAUUGUCGCUAGACAGAAUUGGUGGCCCCAAGCCUGAUUUUAAAAAAUUAAAUAAAAAUCUAUGCGUUACUCACACCCGCUAUGUAGUUGAGUUCUUCUGGGGGAGGAGGGUGGCAAAAUAAAAAAUAAAAAAAGAACAGGGGAGUCUACAAGAAUAGAAUACAAUUCCAUCCAUCCAUCCAUUUACUGAGCUGCUUAUCCACACUAGGGUCACGGGAGGGCUGGAGCCUAUCCCAGCUAUCUUCCAAUCUGCGAUUAUGUGCCCUGCGAUUGGCCAGCCAAUCGCAGGGCACAUACAAACAAACAAACAACCAUUCGCACUCACAUUCACACCUAUGGGCAAUUUAGAGUCUUUAAUUAACCUACCACGCAUGUUUUUGGGAUGUGGGAGGAAACCGGAGUGCCCGGAGAAAACCCACGCAGGCACGGGGAGAACAAGCAAACUCCACACAGGCGGAGCCGGGGAUUGAACCUGCGGUCCUCAGAACUGUGAGGCAGAUGCUCUAACCAGUCACUCACCGUGCCGCCUAGAAUAGAAUUAUGAUCAGACAAACAAUGAAUGAGAAAAAUGACACAAUCAGAUGGACACGUACUAUGAAAUGAAUAUAAAAACAGCACUGAGAGCAUAAUGAAACCUUUUUUAUUCAUACAUAUUUUGCAAUGGAGCUACCGCUCUGACUAUUUCUGUCUGCGUGCCAUGCUACUGAAAAAAUAUGACUCAACCAUCGAAGAAAAUGUUCACGGUUAACGGGUGGCGUGAAUGUUAUUUUUUUAAAAUAAGGUUUUAUUGUUGUUGUUUUGGUUUUUAGAAUUCGGGAGGAUUAAAUGCUCUCAAGGGCCGUAUGUGGCGUAUAGAUUGCCCACCCCUGGUUUACAAAGGCUGUGUCAGUUUUUGCUGCCCCUUGUGCAGGUUUUCGCCAAACUGUACUUAAAUUGUUGGAGCCAGAAAUGUUUUGCAUAUGAAGUCAUUUCAAAUUUGAAGGUUAAAUUGGUGACGAGUCUGCAUUAAAGCACCUGAUGAUUGCUCGAGUCUCUAUGCACGGUAAAUGAACUUCUAGGACCAGAUCAAUAUAUUUCUAUUGGUUUGUAAUGUAAUACGAAAGCAUUGAUCCUUCAUGUAGCGUUUCAUAAUGUGACGUGUUACAAGAUUAAUUGUGUAUAUUGACCUCAUUGCUGUAUCAAUAUGACUGUGCCAUAUUAGCAACAAUAA